GAAUGCGUUCCGGAAGUCCGAGUGUACUGUUUUCCUCCCGGAGGGUUCUUAGGUGUGGGAUGCUGUAGACCCCUUGUCUGGCAGCUUCUGGUGGGAUGAUGCUGACCCGGCUGAAAGCAAACUCAGAGGGGAAGCUUGCAAAACAGAUUUGCAAAGUUGUGUUGGAUCAUUUUGAAAAACAGUAUUCCAAAGAACUUGGAGAUGCUUGGAGUACGACAAGGAAUAUACUAACAUCCCCAUCAUGCUGGCAGUAUGCUGUCCUGUUUAACCGAUUCAACUACCCUUUUGAACUGGAAAAGGAUUUACUUUCGAAGGGCUAUUAUACACUCUUUCAAGGAUCUUUACCCUAUUAUCCUGAAUCAAUGAAGUGUUACCUUAGCAGAACUCCAGACCGAAUGCCCUCUCAAAGACACCAGAUGCGAAACCUGAAAAAAUACUAUCUCCUAAAUGCUGCUUCUCUUCUCCCUGUUCUGGCUCUGGAAUUAAGGGAUGGGGAGAAGGUGCUGGACCUGUGUGCUGCUCCUGGAGGCAAGUCGGUAGCUCUGCUGCAGUGCGCUUACCCAGGUUAUCUUCACUGUAAUGAAUUCGAUAGUCUGAGAUCAAGGUGGCUCAGGCAGACGCUGGAAUCUUUCAUCCCACAGCCUUUGGUCAAUGUAAUUAAAGUGUCUGAACUGGAUGGCAGAGAAGUGGGAGAUGCCCAGCCUGAAACCUUUGACAAGGUGUUAGUUGAUGCUCCAUGCUCAAAUGAUCGAAGUUGGUUGUUCUCUUCUGAUUCUCAGAAGGCAGCCUGUAGGGUAAGCCAAAGAAGGAAGUUGCCUAUUCUACAGAAAGAACUCUUAAGGUCUGCAAUUAAGGCCCUACGUCCUGGAGGGUUACUCGUUUACUCUACGUGCACACUUUCCAAGGCAGAAAAUCAGGAUGUGAUCAGUGAAAUUUUAAAUUCCUGCAGUAACAUCGUGCCUGUGGACAUAAAGGGAAUGGCAAGGACUUGUUCCCCAGACUUCACAUUUGCUCCCACUGGCCAGGAAUGCGGGCUCUUGGUAAUUCCAGAUAAGGGCAAAGCUUGGGGCCCAAUGUAUGUAGCUAAACUGCAAAAACUGCAUACCGUGUGAAAUUGGCAGUGUGCAUUUUGUAAAUCAUGUUGAUGUAUUAUUCCAUUUAUUUUGAUGGGCUGUCUAUGUUAAUACUGAAAUAAUUAUGCAGUCAUUUUUGGAAUUCUAUUUGGUAAAUACUUCAGCAUCUCAGAAUCUAGGCUUGAGAAUUUCUCAGGUGUAUAUAUAUUUUUUUUUCCUAGAAAUAUAUCUGUAGCAAUGAUCUAAGGUGGCGCAGAUGGUGUUUGUUCUGUACAAUACAUCUGCUGUCUUACUUGCCAUAUUGGAGUUAAAUUAAUCAGAAUACAUGGCUUUGAUGCAAAAAAUGUUUAGAAAGAUAUUCUGUCCCCUGAGGGUUGGGUCUUUGAACCUUUAAAAAUUUGCUGGCCUUCUUAUCAUUUUCCUCAUCAAAUGUACAGAGUCUUAGGAUCCUUCCGUCCUUUUUUUAAGAACUGACCGGUACUUCUGAGGUACUUCUGAGACUAACUGCUUAAGCAGCACUAUUUCUAGUCCUAGAAAAUAGGUUACUUAUUUGUCAAGUUGUUUUCUGUUAAGGACUAUCUUCUGUUUAUUGCAAAGGUCAGUGACUCUAUUGACAUCAGCUUAAUUUCCCCUCUUUUUUUUUUUGCGCUCACAAAUACAAAUUGAAAGGGUAAAUUGUGUUGAAAGGCCUUUGAAAGGCCGUUAGAACAGCAGAUUCACAUGCACAUGUUUGACUUUGGACAUUCAGCCUGUAGAAUACUGGAGUCUAUCCAACAGGCUAUAAAGCAAGUACUUGAAACAAAACCAGAAUGAUUAAUAACUGUAAUAACUGAACUAUAUUUGGAGAGUUUUGUUACAUAAUUGCAGUCCUAAUGAGCAGUACAGAACCUGAUUAUCUCACAGUUGCAAUCUGGAGGGGAUUUUUAUUUCACUUCAUUAUGAAACGUUAUGUGAGAGUAUGAUGUCACGUAUUAACGCACCAGAGGGAGAUGCCUAAGGAGAGUGGAAUAUGCCACUACCAGCCCACAGUGGCUUUUCAGUACCGUUUACUAAGUGGCUGUCCCUGUUUACGUAUACCCUGGGAAUAUUGUGUACAUUUCUGUAUAUGUGCUCAGGGUUUUAGCUUCAGGUUGGCAUCAUGUGUUUUCCCCAGAAAUCACUUCGCUUAGAGUCCAAACAUAUUUUUCUAGCUCUUAAGAAAAAUUAUGUAGUAUAUUCUAAAAGGGUGUAUCUAUUGGGAAAUUAGCGUUUUUUAAAAAUCUAUUUCUGAUGAUAAUCUCGUAAGGAACACAAAAUUCUGCUGAAGCUGAAUCCUACUGAAUUGUUCAUUGCAUUCCAUGCAUUUAAACUAGAGACUGUUUGCUCAUUAGCUGCUUUUUUUGUUUUGCAAGCGUGUAUACCUGGGUUCAUGCAGCUGAAAGUCCCAGGAAGAAACUUUUUCCGCAGCUUCCUUGUGCUGGCCACUUUUUUUCCCCUUUAUAUCUAAUCGAUAUGUUUAAAGUAAAGCCAGAUCUUGUGCACCCAAUCCACUUACCAGAUAUGCUGGGUUAAUUAAAAAAAAAAAAAAAAAUUAUUAAU